GCUCGCAUGCAGGCAGGAGGGAAGAGGGAGGUGGGGAGGGGGAGGGUCCCAGAGAUGCCAAGGCGCAGGGAUGGGUGAGCCCCCUCCCCCCGCUGCAGGGGGCUUGCACAGCAGGUAGGGAAGCUGCUGGGUUCUGUUCCCCGGGCCACGGGCCUCCAGCAGCCGAAGGGAAUUGGAGACUUUGGGGGUCACAGUGGCUGCUGGGACCCUGCGGUGAUUGUCUCCUCCAGCUAAACAGGAGGGAGGCUCAUUUUCAGGAGAGUGAGGGGCCACAGGCCACGUGGACCAAGUGUGGGGAGUGCCUGCAGGCGCUGUGGGCACAGCUGUGUGGUGUGUUCUGCAUCCUAGUGCACCUGGGCGUGUGAGUGUGGACAGUGUGUGUCUAUGGUUACAGCAGACACCCGUGUUGUGGGGGUGUGGGCGAGUUGUGAUGUGCACUUAUGUGUGUGCGUUUGGGUCCCUGCGUGUGGGUACAGGUGUGUGUGUGGUGCCCACGUGUGUGUCGUGGACGGCUGGGUGUGUUGGGUGUGCUGUUCAGGGAGGGGGGUUUGGGUUUGUGAGUGGUGUGUUUCCACAUGUUGGUGUGCACAGGGAGUUGUGCUGUGUGUGUGUUAUGGCAUGUUGUGUUUUGUGUGUAUUGUGUGUGUAGUGUGUGCGCACGGGUGUGUGGUCUGUGUCCUGGGGGCCACCCCUUCUCUCCCAGCCCUGCCCUGACUCGUGGGAGCUGCAGGGGGUGCCGCUUCCGCUGUGCUGCAGGGGCCUCGGCUCCAAUCGGGCCCUGGGUCGGUGCAGCUGAUGGGGGGCGGGGCUGCGGAGGCGGGAGUCCAGGCUCUGACGGAGCUGGCAUGUGGUCCUUCUGGCCAGUGACACCAGCAGGGUCAGAGGGCAGAGGGGUGGGUUGUGCAUGGUGUGGGACCGUGCGGGAACCACGACAGGUGGGAGGCUGGCUGGCUCUUCCCGGAUCAGGAGCAGAGCCUGCGGGGGCCGAGGCCUGGGGCUCCCGGGGCCCCCGGGCACUUCUGUCUCACUCAGUCCACACAGCUGCCGGCAGGUGGGGAAGCAGGCCCUGCGUGACUGAAGCCUUAAUGUUACCAGUAAUAGCAGACAUGGGCCCGGAACCAGCCUCCAGGCCCAGAACUUUCCAGGCCCCGCCAUUUCGUGGGAAUCUCACCACGUCCCCGAGAAGCCGGUGCCUCAGUUCUCCCAUUUCACAGCUGAGCUAGCUGGGCUUAGAGAUGCUGUGUGGCGUCCUGACGACAAAGGGCAGCUGGGCCAGGGCUCGCCGGGCGUUCUUCCGGGUUCAGCCUCCUUGCGAGCUCAUGGCUUAGGUCCGACCGUUGUCUGUGUUUAUGCACCAGGAGACUGAGGCUUGCAGAGCGGCUGACUCGCAGACACUAUUUACAGCAGAGCCCAGAACAGGCACUCCUGGUCCUCUCUCAACCUGGCUGAGAAGUCCCGUCCCAAGUGCUGGGUCCCUGCGUGUCCCCAGAGCUGGGCUCUCAGAGCAGGCCGGUGUUCACGGAGGCCCAGCCGCGGGCAGUGGAUGCCUCCUGGAGCCCCUCCCCCUCCAGUGCCUGCACAGCCAACACAGAAAUCGGGAAGAGGCCGGGCAACCCCCAGCAAGGUGUCCCUGGCUGUCAGGGACACUGUCCCAAGCCCUGUCGUGUACAAGGUGGCCUUGGUCUUCCUGGUGCUCCUCGUGUGCGCUGUGGGCAUUGUGGGCAAUGCCGUGGUGGUCCUGGUGGUGCUGACCACAUAGGACAUACACACACCCACUGACUGCUACCUGGCCCUCCUGGCCCUGGCUGACCUUGCCAUACUGGUGGCCGCAGGGCUGCCCAUCGUCUCCCACAGCUUGGCCGGGCAGUGGGUCUGUGGCCGCAUCGGCUUCCUGGGCAUCAGUGCCUCCUCUUGCUCCGUCCUGGAGUUCACCGUGGAGAGAUUGGCGCUCCCGGCCCCUCCUGCAUGCCAGGGCUUCCUGGCCGUGAUCCUCGGUACAUCGCCAUCUGCCACCGGAUGAGGGCACAUACUGUGUGCACCUUGGCGCGGGCCAAGCGCAUCAUGGCAGGAGUCUAGGGGGCCACAUCCACCUACUGCCUGCUCUGGUUCUUCUUGAUGGACCUCGAUGUGGACGGGGACCGGGGCCUGAGGUGCGGCUGCAGGGUGUCCCGCGGCCUUUGCCUGCCUAUCUACCUGCUGGACUUUGCGGUCUUCUUUGUCACACCCUGCUAGUGGCCACCACCCUCUACGGGCUCAUGGCAAGGAUCUUAUUCCCCCCGCCCACUUGCCCCAGCACAGGUGCCAGCACGCGGGCAGUGAGGCCCGAUGGGAGGCAGGAGCCUGAGAGAGGCAGCCCUGCAGGCCUGGUGGGGACGUGACCGGCAGCUGCCCCCGGGCCAGAGGCUUCCCUUCUCCCAGGAAGCAGGUACGAGGUCUCCUGGGAUGGGAGGGGCUGGUUUGCCAGAGAUGGGGGAUGUGGGAGAGGUGUGGGUGCAGCACCCGCCCCCCGCACUGGACGUCCCCCUCACAGACAUCCCCCCACCCCCCACCAGAAUGGGUGCAGGUGGGGCCAUUUGGGACAGUGGUGAGCACGAGCAGGCUGCAGGAAAAGCUGGUUCAUGGUGUGCGUGCUGUGUGGUCCUUCCCCCCGAGCCCCUGAUUUCUCGUCCUUCAAGUGGAGGUGACAACAGCACACUGGGGGGCAGGCCGAUGCAGGGGAGGCAACCAGAGUGCCAGCAGUGGUGCCGUCCAUCCGGGCCUCACUGCGGCGUCAGGGUCCCAGGGCCCCGUUCCCAGCAUCCAGUCUUUGCUCACUGGGAACCUGAGAGGCCUGGGGGGCAGGGUGCACAAGAGGCUCAGGGCGUGGGUAUUUACCACCGGAGGUGGGACUGUUUCACGAGCGUAUCAACCAGCACAGCCUUGAAUGCCGGCCCUGGGUCCCUGCACGGGAAACGUUUAGCACAGCGCCCAGUGGACACGCAGCAGUCGUGUGAUUAUCUCAGUAACGUUCUCAUCUCUUACUCAGCAGCCUCGUCCUGGGGCAGCAGCCAUGGCUGUGGCUCUGGUGGCAUCUGCUUGGCCACCAGCCAUGUGGUGGGCCCAGCACCAGUGGCUCCCCAGCCCCGCCAGCCCACAGGCCACCGAGGUGCGCAUGGUGGUCGUGCUGCUCUCUGCCAUCCUGAGGACGCCCUGCCACACGCUGGUGCUGCUCAGCCCCCUGGGGGCCCAGCCUCUCCAGGACCCCUGGGUCCUCCUCUUCUGCCGCACCUGCGUCUACACCAACAGCCCCAUCAGCCCCAUCAACCCCAUCACCUACUGCCUCACGUCCCAGAAUUCCAGGGCGGUCAUGCGGGUGCCGAGGAGAGGAGCCCUGAGGCGCCCAGCCUGCCUCACCACCACCAGCCACGGUGGGGUCUGAGAGACCCCCCCCCCCGAAGAUGCAGAUGGGCAAGAGUGGGGUCGUGGGCCAUCAGGCAGCUGGGCGCCCACCCCAGCAGCAGGGGCCUGGUUUCAGCAUCGUCUGAGGGCUGCCCUCCCCCUGCCUGGCUCCUCCUGCCGCCCUUGGUCUGCUCCCUGCUGGGUCCUGUCUGCUGGCGGCUGACAGGGCCAGGAGAGGAGCAGACACCCCUUUGCCAGUGGCUCUUAGCUCCCAGCUCCCCAGGGGCUUCUGUCCCCGUGAGCUAGGACCUGAGGGUGUCCUGGCCAGGGGGGUUCCAUUAGGGUAGUGCUCCCGCCUCCAGAAGCGCGGGAGGUGAGGAACGGGAGGCUGGGGGUGCCCCAGCCUCCAUCAGUGUAGAAUUAUGACCUUCCACCGCUCCUACUUACCACUUCAAGCACUUUUUCGUAGGUAUUACAGAAAUGCGCUUCCAGUCUCUGGUGACACCCCCUGUCAGUCUGGCUGUGGGCAGAGCCAGCAUGUGGCAUUUUCUAAGGUGGACGGUGCCACACAGAAAGGGCACCCAGCCCCACCACCGACACCCAGAGACACCUCAUGCUGCACCCCCACUGGCUCGGAGGUCUUCUCCAACUGGCCACGCACGUGUGCCAAGGACAGCCGGUACCUAAGCCUCCUGCCUCCUUCCCUUUGCGUUCAGCCUGGGCCACCGUCGUCGACAGAGCAGAGUGCUGUGUUUCUUCCAGCCCCUUAGCCAGAAGUAGGAAGCCGUUCCUGAGCCCCUCGCCCCCAAGCGUCCAAGCUCUGCUCCCGUGAGGCCGGCUUUGACCACUGCCCCCUUCAUCCAGGGCCCAUGGGAGAGUUCAGGGCGUGGGCAGGCUUCCACCUCCAUCUCUUAUCUGGGUGGACACUGCAGCCAAAGGCACUGACAAUUCAGGGGGCAGGUAGUAGAAAACGCCCCCACCCAGCAGCGAGAUGUGUUUCUGGGCCAGCUCGGGGGGUGCCCAUGGCACUCAGAACUUCAGGCCCGUUUCCUCCCCUCACUGCCCAGGGACCAGGCUCCCUGUGGAAGGUGGGUUCAAAAUGGCAGCUGGGACCCAGAUCAGCGGUUGUCACCUCUGCUGUGACUUCAAGCGCUAGCAGAGCCUGGGCCGAGGGCCUCAUGGGGGCAGCCAGGACCCGGCAGCGCUGGCUCCUGGGUCAAGGGCCCAACAGGCAGCCUCCUGUGUGCUGGCUGGUCUGGCCCCACGCGGGUCGGGGAAAGCAGUGCCUUGACCCGGCCUGGCUGUGGUGGCCAAGCUGGAUGCACCGAUGCUUGGCCCUCCAUAGGUGCACGUGGCUGUCAAUCCUCCUGAUCCACCAGUGAGAGGAGAGUGCAUGGGUAAGUGGGCAUGGCCACUGUACAUGACAGUGGCAGGACAGUGGCCACCUAAGGUGACCAGGGACCCUGCUGGCCUGUCCACACUGGACCCUCCUCGUGGUGGUCCCUACUGACAUUCAGGGGCUCCAGGCCUGGGAAAAGCCCAGUGCACGCAGGACUCACGUUUACCCCAGUGACGACCCGGUCGGGGGGACCUCCACCUGUCCCCCUUUUGCGAUGAGGACCCUGAGCCCGGAGACCUUCAGGCGCAGUCACCUGUCCCCCUCUGCGAUCGCGCCUCUGCGAUCAGGAUAAAGGCUUGGGGCACUGACCCAUCCACAUGCCCUUUGAGAUUAUUUUCCCCUUGGGCUCCUGCGACGCUCAUUAAAACAGAUUUUCCGUGGACACCUGGGAGGAAGUCUGUGUGUCUAGAGGUGGCCCAAAUGUGGCCUGUGCAGUGGGGCACCUGUGUGGGGCGGAAGCAGGCGGGAAUGAGGGAGUAGGCGGGGCGACACAGGGGCUGGGUGCAGUGGGCACCUGGGCGUUAGCGUCUCCUGUGGCCACUGAGGGCCCGGGCCAGGCCUUGGCGUUAGGAGGCCCGCCCUGGCCUCACUGCUGACGGCUCCGAGCCCUGCAGCAGCAGCCGCGCUGGGCGGCGUUUGCUGCUGACUCUGCUCCUGCGUCGUGCUCUGGCCUGGACCCUUCUUAACGGCCUCCUGGCGCUGAGGUUGCCUCUCCAACCAAACCAAGGGCUAGGCUAGGCUUCGGGUCUCCUCCUGGCCUUUCUCGGUACCCCUCCCCACCACCACCCACACAGGGCUUGGGCGCCCCCGCCUCCAGUGAAGACAGGGUGGAGGGAGGCUGCUCCCACCAGGGUUCUGGCUGCAUUGCCCUGCCAGUUUUGCUGCCUGAACUGUUCCUUUUCCUUUUCUUUCAUUGUGUGUGUGCACACAGGAACAUCUCAUCAACAGGGAGAUUAACUGUUUUACUGAGCCUCAUCCAGGACAUAGAUGACCGUCGGAAAGAAGUUAAUUUGGGCACCCCUACCCCCAACCCGCCACAAAUGAUUAAAGGGAACUUCUGAGGGUUGGAGAGGUCCCCGAGCUGCUGCUCUGACACCCAGGAGCGAGCCCUCGGCCCCUCGAUUUAUUUUACGUGCUGCUCUCAGGAGCUUUGCUGGGCGGUCCCGGGUCCCCAGACCUGGUCUGCAGCAGCCUCUCCCUCUGUUUCCGUUACUUCUUGAGAGCGAAGCCCCUCUCUCGCUCUACUUCCUGGUUCUC